CCUCACUGCCCUGUCCCCCUACACCGACCUCCCCUCGCCUCAUCAGCACCCCAAACCCUCCUCACUGCCCUGCCCCCUGAGACCGACCUCCCCAUGCCUCAUCAGCACCCCAAACCCUCCUCACUGCCCUUCCCCCUGAGACCGACCUCCCCAUGCCUCAUCAGCACCCCAAACCCUCCUCACUGCCCUACUCCCCUACACCAACCUCCCCUCACCUCAUCAGCACCUCAAAACCCUCCUCACUGCCCUGCGCCCUAGACCGACCUCCUCUCACCUCAUCAGUACCCCAAGUUAGAGGAAAGGCAUGGGAAGAGGCAAGCAGAAAGGUUCAGGCUGGCUGCACAGCUUGAGAACAGGGUUUCAGCACAGGAGCAGGCAUUUGCUUUGCAGUUCCUGGAACAUGCAAGGCAACUAAGGAACCAGUGGAAGAGUCUCUGCUGGAACAGUAUGGAUUCCCUGUAGCUGGAACAGAGACCAGAUGUUACACAAAUCAUGCACUGUCUUAUGAUCAGGCAAAACGAGUGCCUAGAUGGGUGAUUGAACAUAUUUCAAAACACAAGACACUGGGCAACGCAGAUCGAAGGCACUGCAAAUUCAGACCAGAUCCUAGUAUCCCUCUCAUGUUUAGUGCUGUCAAUGAAGACUAUGUUGGGAGCGGGUGGUCACGAGGACAUAUGGCACCAGCAGGAGAUAACAAAUUUUCAACAGAAGCUAUGGCUGAAACAUUUUACCUGUCCAACAUUGUGCCCCAAAAUUACAAGAAUAAUGCUGGAUUCUGGAACAGGGGCUAUGGCCCAGUCAGGAGACUUGGAGCUCUCCCAGUCAGAGCAUAGGGGCGUGGCUUGUGCCCCAGUUGGGCUUCAUCAACCCUGGUUCCUGUCUGAAAGCUGCCAGGUGGAAGACUGGAGUAUGACUCCUCCCCAGCACUCCCACGGCUACAGGUUCGAGACCUGCAAGGCCUUACAGGAGUACAUGCAUCCAAGUAACAACCAGCCAAAAUCUUCACUUGUGAAGACUGGCAGCAUCGCAGCUUUGAGAAUGGAAAUGUAUUGUCGGGAGCUGACAGAGAGAUUUGAGGAUGUUUGGAUAGUUUCUGGACCUUUGACCUUGCCUCAGACAGGGGAUGAUGGAAAGAAAAGAGUUACCUAUCAGGUAAUCGGCAAGGGCGAUGUGGCUGUGCCAUCACAUCUCUACAAGGUGAUUCUCGCCAAGCGAAGCAGAAUGUCCUCGGAACCCCUGGUGCUGGGCGCCUUUGUGGUGCCCAACGAUCCCAUAGGCUUCAGUCACCAACUACCUGAAUUUCAAGUGCAUAUUGAAGACCUGGAGAAAAUGUCAGGAUUGGUUUUCUUCCCCCAAGUGGACAAAACCAAAGAUGUUAAAAAUAUCUGUGAUGUAGACACCUGUAAACUGAUGGGGUUUGAUGAGUUUACGUUGUACAUCACCACCCGGAAAGUUCACAGUGCCAGAACACUGCACAGGCUGGAAAAGGUCAUGUCAGAGUUAAGGGAGACGGGAAUUGAGCCUGACGAAUAUCUAGUGAAGCUUUACAAGAAGAAGGAGGAAGAACUAGUGCAGCAAAAGCAAAUGGAAGCUAGAGAAGGGAGAGCUGGUUGAGUACGCGGUUCAGAAAAUCUAUUUGGAAUGUUAUACUCUCAGAAAGGAGGCACGUGCGCACACUCCAUUUGGAUUUCAUGAUUUGGCCAUUUAAAAAAAAUGUGGAAACAAUUAGAAGUUUGCGUUCAGGGUAAUGUUCAUUCUCUUGUAACAUGAUGUAUGAAUGAUUUGCUACAGUACCGUGUGGGAAAUGAAAAUGACCCUUUCCUGGCAUGACUGGAUUAUGGGGCCUCUGAAAAAGGCUUUGUACUAUUUUCUAAACCAGACGUCAGAAUUGGGGUCUGCAUGGAAUCCCUUCUAGGAAUAUUAUAAAAAUAGACAGUGGACACCUUGGGAGUAUAACUGGAAUCUGUCUAAAUGUAACUGACCCUACACAUGUAUUUUAAUACAAAAGCUGUAGAAUAAAUGGUGUUACUAUGA